AUGCAUUCCUCCACUCUUAUCUUCACCCUCGGUGCCUCCUUGCUAGACCUGGCUGCCGCUCAUGGUUAUGUUAGCGGAGUAAAGGUCAACAACGCUGGCUGGUUUCCUGGAGCUGACCCGGUGUGGUACUACCUACCGAGCGGAGCAGCCGCGCCGACCACAGGAUGGAAUGCACUGAACCAAGAUAAUGGCUUCGUCGCACCCGACUCGUACCAAACAAGCAACAUUGCUUGUCACAAAAACGCGACUGCCGGGCAGCUUUACAUCAACGCCAAUGCCGGAGAUUCUUUGACAUUCUUCUGGAACACUUGGCCGGAUACCCACAAGGGCCCAAUCAUCAACUACAUCGCACCCUGCAAUGGUGACUGUACGACCAAAAGCGCUGCGAGUCUCUCCUGGACCAAGUUCAGCGAGGGGGGUUAUAACGCUGGCACAUGGGUAACCGAUACACUCAUUAAAAACAACUUUACCUCCUCGACUACCAUUCCCGCCAAGCUCAAGGCGGGCAACUAUGUGAUCCGGCACGAGAUCAUUGCGUUGCAUAGUGCGGGUAACGACAACGGGGCCCAAAAUUACCCGCAGUGCCUCAACAUCAAGGUUGGGGGCAGUGGCUCUGUCAACCCGCCCACGGGUACUGCCGCCACGAGCCUGUAUAAGCGCACUGAUUCGGGAAUCCUGUUCGACCUCUACAGAAGCUUCACAAGUUACCCUAUUCCAGGGCCAACUGUCUGGACAGGUGCCAACUAG